AUGUCCGGUGUUAUUGAUAUACUAUCAGUAGCUUCAACAUUUAUUCUUCGUCUUCUUAACUCUGAUUCAUUUAUUUCAUUAUCAUCAGUAGAUUCUAAUGUUUCUUACAUUGAAAUUGGAUACGUUAAAAUCGAAAGAGGAGGAAAAAAAAAGGUUGAACCCAAAAUAGAAUGCACCUUACCAGGGUUUGUUGUAACUGUACUAGUAUUUGAUAGAAUUCGUAAAAGUUUCUCAGGUUCUAAAUGUGAACAACUUUCAUGUGAAGAAUUUGAAGUUCUUAUAUCAUUAUCUAAUAUGGGAGUAACUUUGAAUGGAUCCUAA